ACCUCCUCCUACCGCCGAUCUCUGACCGACCGCAGCUUCUUCAGCCAGCCCCCCCGCCCGCCUUCGAUCGCCAUCUGGCCAUGCCGCGCCAUUAAACAAAGAACAUGGGAGCUGGUGCUGCAGCCUGCAGCCACCGACCGCCGUUUCCCUUUCUUGACCCGAUCUCGCCUCCUUCCUACCCCGGCGGCCUGGUGCCUGCACUGCAGGAAGGAUAUAUAGGUAGUAGGCGAGACCAGUCCACACAGAAACUAGCGAGGAAGCAGCCGAGAAGAAGGGUCCGGUGAGCUCUGCUUGGCGGCCAUGGCGCGCGGCGAUUGAGUGAACCCGAGUCGGCGCGGCGGGGGUUGCCGCCGAUUUGCUCUGAAAUCAAUCACUCUGCUCCACGGAACAAUCGGCAAGGUGGCCUGGUCUCCCAUGGAGGUGCAGAUGGCCGCUCCAAUCGCCAAGUCAGUCGGGUGCAGCAUGCCGCCUCGUCAUCACGGCGGCGCGAAGCCCGUCCCUGGCUACCUCAGGCCGGCGGCGGGCUCCUGCCACCACGUCUGCAAGUACGGCGGCAUGCACGCGUUCGAGGACAAGGAGGCGACCAAGAAGCCCCACCGGAAGAAGCAGCCGCCGGCGGCUGCCCCGGAGAGCCAGAGCAGGGUGAUGGUCAAGGUGCGGUCCGUGUUCCGGCGGCGCGUCGGGGACUCCAGCAGGGCUGCUGCCGAGAAGGCGGCCGCCGCCUCCACCAGCAAAGCCAAGGAUGGAGCCGGCGAGAGCGUGGAGUGGAAGGACAUCGUGGCCUACGACACCACGGUUCCACUUCCACCCCAUGGAUCGUCUCCACAGCCUGAUGACAAGGUCUCGGCCCCCGUCGCCGGUUCCGGCGAUGCCGGGAAGAAGAAGGAUGCGGCGGCGACGAAGGGGAAGAAGUCACACGGCAAGGCCAGCAAGAUCACCGGACAGGUGGAUGCUGCAGAAACCACUCAACAUGAAACGCUGGACAAGAAGAGCGCAAAGCCUCCGAAAGGGAAGAAGAAACCCAUGGCGGCGCUGCUCGUCGAUGAAAAGAUGGCGAUUGAUCAAGAGCUGCUCCACGGGUACCAAGCCCUUUCCCCUUCCCUGAUGCAAAGCCGGGCAAGCCUCCUGCGCGACGUUGAGCAAGAGAUGGUUCGUGAUGAAGCUGCCAAUGCCGGCCAAGCUCCACGGGUACCAUGCUCUCUUGAUGAGGAGGAGUACGCCGCCACCGCCGCAGCCGAAACGAGCAGGCCGAUCCCGGCGCACCGUAGGGUGAAGAGCAUGGGCAUCGGCAGCAGCCGGUCGGCGCUGCACCCGUUCGCCCGACAGGCGAGCAAGAACUCGUCGGGCGCCUUCAAGCUGCGCUCCAGCAGGAGCACCAGGGCGCCGGCCGUGGCGGCGGAGGAGGAGAAGCCGGCGAGGCUGAGGUCCCGGAGGGGCGAGGACGCUUCGUCGGGGAGCGCCAGCAGAGGCAUCCAGCUCAGGAUCAGGAGCCUCCGGCGGCGAGGUGUAGGUGGGUCUGGUGGCGCCGGCGCCGGCAUCUUUGUCGUGCCGGCGGUGGCGCUGAGGCACCAGAAGACACUGGAGAAGAAGAGGAGCCAGAGGCUGUACAACAACCUGAUCGAGGAGACGGCGAGCAAGCUCGUGAAGACGAGGAAGAGCAGGGUGAAGGCCCUGGUGGGGGCCUUUGAGUCCGUCAUCUCCAAGAUCGCCAAGUAGCCAGGAAGCAGCAGGCAUUUCUAGUAAUACACGGUGCAGAGUUUAAUUUCGUCGUGCAUUUUUUUGUUGAUCUGGAGUGAGUUUGUGCUCCUUGUUGGUUCACUCAGGGUUGAACCGGGACUCUGUGCAGUGCAGGGAUGUGUCGGAAAGUUUGGUGAUCAUGCAUUCAGACAUCAACCUGUGUUGUGCAAUGUGAAAAACAAGUUCGGCUCUUGCAAAAAGUUUGUUUAAAGAAAAACCUUAAAGAUAA